GUCGUUGGGCUUAGUCCCUGGGACGUUGAGGCGAGGCCCACUUGCCUUAUUGCUGGCGCGGGAGUGUAUCGCACUAGAGGCGGUGAAACCUGUGUCACUGAAGCCUGUUGGCUUCGUUCUGCAAAAGAGAUUUACAAUGUGGUUGGGGGGGGGCACGGUGCCCUUCGGCAUCAGGCCUCGGAAGGCCAGUUUGCCACCUGUGACUCAUUCCGGCCCCAGGUACCACAUCGAGAGUCAAGAUCUUAGAAAAAUCCACAAAGCUGCGAUCACGGGGAAUGUAAAAAAAGUGGAGCGGGUACUGUAUUUUGGUUUAAACGGCUCAAAUGAAAGGGACAAGAGGAACAGGACUGCUCUCCACUUGGCCUGUUCCUGUGGCCAUGUAGGUGUGGUGUCUCUCCUGGUAGACCGGAAAUGCCAGCUCAACCUCCGUGAUGAUGAAAACAGGACACCUCUAAUGAAGGCUGUACAAUGCCAAGAAGAGGAAUGUGCAACUAUUCUGCUCAAACACGGUAGUGAUACAAGUAUUACGGACAACGAGGGCAACACCGCUCUCCAUUAUGCGGUCUCUGAAGAGAACGUCUCCAUAGCAAAGAAGCUGGUUUUACACAAAGCAGAUAUAGAGGCCAAAAACAAGGAUGGCUUCACACCGCUUUUAAUUGCUGUAAAAAACGACAAAAGGAAAAUGGUGGCAUUUUUAGUGGAAGAAGGAGCAAAUGUCAAUGCAGUUGACAACGCUAAAAGGUCUGCUCUCCACUUGGCCUGUGCCAAAGGCCAUGUAUAUAUUGUGCAUAUCCUGAUGUAUUUGGAAUGUGAGCUCAACCUCCGUGAUGAAGAAAACAGGACAGCUCUAAUGAAGGCUGCACAAUUCCAACAUGUAGAAUGUGCAACUAUUGUGCUGGGACAGGGUGCUGAUCCAAAUAUUAAGGACGACGAGGGCAACACCGCUCUCCAUUAUUCGGUGUUCGAGGAGAACAUCUCAAUAGCCAAGCAGCUGCUUUUACACAAAGCAGACAUAGAGGUCAAAAACAAGGAUGGCCUCACACCAGUUUUAAUUGCUCUAAAAGCAAACAAAGAGCAAAUGGUGAAUUUUUUAGUAGGAAAAGGAGCAAGUCUACCUGCAGGGGAUAAGGUUAAAAGCAAUGACCAACUAAUUUCUGAACAUGAAGAAGAAAUGAAACCUGAAAAUUCUUCAGAGAAUCAUGAUCUAGUGGCUGAGAAGUCUGAAGAAGACUCCAUAAGCAGUCUUUCUGAUAAAGCUGAUAUUGAUAAUUCAUGGCCUUCAUCAAUUGAAGACUUAGGUCCUCCUACCAAGACUGUCCCGGAGCUAAACUUAAGAGAGCUAAUGGCUGCUUUUCUGCAAGCCAGGGGAGCAGACUAUGGCAUUUUGAGCAAAGAAUGUAGACUUAUAUUUGCUGACAAUUUUGCAAGUGAAGAUAAGACUGAAACUCUUUUGAAACCAUCAGUCAAUGUCUCUGACUAUUCUCCUCUUGCUUUUGUAUCACCUGAAACUCCUCAAACAUCUUUAGCAAUGCGUGAUGUUACAAAGGAAGGAGCAAUGAAGCCGGCAAUUGGAAAAAAGGACAAUGGUAUUGAUAUUAUUGAAAGUGCUUCACAAGAGCAAGCAGUUAAUGACAAUUUGACUUCUGCUGAUAGAGCACACAAAAAUAAUACGAGUGAUAGGAUGUCAGCUUUAGGAGAAGAAGAUAGUUCACCUUGGGAUUCUGAGAGUAUUUCUGUAAGACUUCCAAAGAAAUCUGUUGAUUGUUUACCUGGAGCUGCAGAUCAACAAGGGCAAAGUAUAUUCAAUGAACAAGUAGAAGAUUCUCCUGGAAAAGAUCUUCACUGGGAGUCGACCACUAAAGUGAAAGAUUCUGUUCCUAAUGAAGGAGUAGCAACGAGUGAUAAGCAAACAUCCAUAUCAGAUUUGUCAUCAGAACCAGACUUAGAAGUGGCAUCAGAGCAAGAGCAAGAGCAAGAAAGGCCUGAUGAAAGUGAAAAUAACCACCCCCAGGAUAAAGUUAUUUCACAAACAUGUAUGCUGGCUGAAAAGACAUCUGAAAGCCAAACCAAGCAAAUUAACGUUCCACUUGUGCAACUGCAAGAUAUGGCUCGAGAACCAGAAAUGCAUAUGGAAUGUGAUAGACAGGAUGGUAGAUCUGUACAUUCAGAACAUCUUCGUGCACACAAGAAGUAUGAGGAGAUAUGGAUGAAACAAGGCAAAUUAGAUUGGAAAAAUAAUGUAAAGCUCAUGAGCAGAGAGUUAACUCAGGAGAUUGGUAAAACUUGUGAAAAGUACCAAAUUAUUACUCAUCCUAAGGUAGAGCCACUACAUGGUAAUUCUAAAGAAGCAGACUUAAAGGAAAUACCUCCAAAAUUGACAAAAGUUACACUUGAUUAUGAGGAAAAAGAUGAAUUUGGAGUGUCUGUCUCUGUAGUACCUCAGGCCUUUCCUGAACGAAAAGAGCCUAGUCUCGAAAAUGCUGUUCUCUCUCAUUCAUACUCUGGGUCUCCAGACUAUGCUUGCCAGUCAUCUUCUAAGCUUUCUUUCCAUGAAAAUGAUAACCAACCAGGUGAGCAUGUUUUUAACAAAAAUGAGAGUCUUGAUAACGAUACAGAAGAUAAAAAAGUAAGGAACCCACUUGUUACAUUUGAAGUGAAAGAAGACCAAGAGUUUGACCUGCAGAUGGCCAAAAGUUUGAACCAAAAUACCACUAAUAGUAAAUUAGACACUGGAUAUAUCCCUCCAUAUAGUGACCCAGAAAGCCUUUUUGAUUUGCAGCUUGCCCACUCCAAUGUGGUGAAACAAAUGAUUCAGAAGAAAAGGCAUGAUACUUCUGCUAUUACAAACACUUACAAGAAAACAAAACCAAUACGAGACUCUUUCCAGAAGCCAUUAUAUGCAGAUAAUGACAGUACUAAUAACUAUAAAAGUACGGAACCUGCAUUAGAAGUUGUGAGUUCUUCACCACGUCCUUUCAGAACAUCAGAAGUACAUCAAAAAGAAGAAUUACAGCAAGAUAAGCAAGAUCUGCAAAGGUUUAGGAAUGAGAAAGGCAUGUUACAAGUAGAACUCCUGGCUUCGGAAAAAGAGAAAGUUGAACUUCAAAAAGAGAGUGGAAAAGAAAGGAAGAAGCACAAGAGUAGUAAAAUGGAAGGAGCAGAAAAGAUAUAUGCUGCUGCUGCUGCUCCUGCUCCUGCUGCUGCUCCUGCUGCUGCUCCUGCUGCUGCUGCUUCUCCUCCUGUUGCUCCUGCUGCUCCUCCUGCUGCUCCUCCUGCUGCUGCUCCUAAAUGGAAUAAUACUAUAGAUUCAAUUGCUAUCACAUUACUUAGAAAACUUACUUUUACCACAUAUUGUAAAACACAUGUUGGGAAGGGACAUUUCCUGGACUUGAGUUCUGGGUGGUCUGCUCCUGCCAGCUGUAUGGGCUUGGGGAAGUUCCUUAGAAUUUCUGUGCCUCAUUUGCUUCCUGUGCAAGAUACGCAGUAUAAUUGCCUACUUUAUAUGGUUUGUGUAAGGCCUAAAAACCCUUUAGGAUCCCUGAUAAAGGUCAAAAAGCAAGUGAAUUCUGUGGAACACCUUGAUGACUUAACUCAGUCAUCUGAAGCAGCUUCAGAGCAUUGCAAGUUGCAAUACUCCGAUUAUAAGAGUUCCCUGUUGCCCAUUGGACAACUUGGCAUGGAUUGUAAAGAUUCUGUUAGUGUAUUGACAACCCAGGAUGCAAUUUUUAAAUACAAAAGAUUAAUAGAAUUAAAAACUAAGGACUGUGAACAACUUACAAGAAAAAUUUUAAAAAUGGAAUAUAAGGUCAAUGUACUACAAGAGGAACUAUCAGAAGCAAAAGAAAUGAAAUCUCAGGUAGAGCGUCAAAAAGUGGAAUUGGAACGAGAACUCUACAGUUUAAGGGAGCAAUUAAGAAGUAAAGAAGAGCAACAUAGUAAAGAAGUUGAAAUGAAACAACAACUUAAUCUUAGAAGAGGAAACUUGGAAUUGAAGAGUGUAAAAAGUAAUUUGAGUCAGGUUUCUCCUCCUCAUGAAAAAGAAAAAGGUCUGUUACAUGAAAACCGCAGAUUGCAAGAUGAAAUUGCCACGCUAAGACUGGAAAUAGACACAAUAAGGAAUCAGAAGCAGGAAAAGGAAAAGAAAUAUUGUGAAGACACUGAAAUUGAAAAAGAAAAGAAUGACAGUCUUCAAAUCGUCAUAAAAUUGAAUGGGGUAACAUUAACAAAUACAGUAUUCCAAUCUAGUGGGCAGCUGAAUGUUGUGACAACUGAGAAUACCAUGCUGAACUCUAAACUGCAGAAUGAAAAGCUAAACAGAGAAAGACCGGAAGCAAAACUUCAGUCAUACCGAGCUAGACUCACUACAGCUGUACAGGAUCAUGAUCAAAGUCAGGCAUCAAAAAGAGACCUAGAACUUGCUUUCCAGAGAACAAAAGAUGAGUGGUGUCAUUUACAGGGCAAAAUGAACUUUGAGAUGUCUAACCUAAAAGAUAACAAUGAGGUGCUUUCUCAGCAAUUUUCUGAAGCCAAAAGUAAAUUCAAUACCCUAGAAAUUGAGCUCCAGUAUAAAAGAGAUGCUCUCAGAGAAAAGACUUUGGCUUUAGAACAUGUACAAAGAAACCUAAAACAAACACAGGACCAGAAGAUGGAAAUUGAGCAGAAAUCUCAAAAUGAACAAGAUAAAGUGAAUAAAUACAUGGGAAAGCAUGAAUCCUUAGAAGAGAGAUUAUCUCAACCACAAAGUGAAAAUACGUUGCUCCGAGAGCAACUAGAUGAUGGCUACAGCAGAGUGGAGUGUAAAGAAAAGACUAGAAUUGAUCUCGAAGACCAGGUUCAUGUUACUGUAAGAAAUCUUCAAGCUGAACUUGAAAACCAAGGUCUUAUCCAGCAAGGAGAUACGGAGUUCAUCGAUGAGUGGGAACAUUUAAUAGAAAGAAGAUAUACGUAUAAAAAAGAGAAAGAGGGAAGAGAAGUCGUUAUGAGAGAACAACAAGAACUUUCCAAUACCCUAAAAGAGCAAUCAAUGUCACAGGCUUCAUUGGAGUUACCACAUUAUUAUACUAAGUUAGAAGAUGAGAUACAGGAUUUAAAGAAAACAGGCAAUCAAAUCAAAAGUCAGGUACAAGAAGUAGAGGAUCAACAUGCAAAGAUUUUAAGAUGUACUGAGAAGUCGGGAGAUCACCAGAAAAAGAUUGAAGUUGAAAAUGCCACGUUAAAAGUUACAAUCAAGGAGCAAGCAGGCCAAAUUGAACAGCUUCAGAAAGACCCGUUACGUUCAAGUUCGUGUGGUGAUGAAAAGGAAAACCUAAAGAAAUGUAUGGAGUUGAAACAGUCUUUGCCGUUCAGGUUGGAUCAAGAAGCGAAGAAAAAUGAGGAAUUAGAAAAAGAGAAUACUGGACUUAAGAACAUGAUGAGGAGGUUAAGUAAAUAUGAAAAUGGAGAGCCUCCUUUCUGUGGAGAUAUAAAAACCAGUCAAACGGACAUGGAUACUCAGAUUAAUAUGCUAAAACAGAAGAUUGGUGAUCUUAGAGCAAGACUGGAAACUGAAUCUUCAAGAUGUCUACAGCUGGAUGCAAAAAAUCAAGUUCUUCAACAGGAGCUAUUAUCUGUGAAAGCAACAGAGAAGAAAUGUGAAAAACUAGAACAGAUGAACAAGAAGUUGGAACAAAGAGUAAUAAACCUCAGAAGUGUUGCAGAAGUCAAUGUGGUAGAACGCAGUCAAGUAGAAAAGUAUAAACGGGAGAUUAAACAGGAGGUUGACCAGCGAGUAAGACUAAUUUUAGAAAAAAGAUUAAAAGAAGUCAAUCGAUUUUUACAGACACAAGCAGCAUAUCAAGAAAAGUUAGAACAGUUUAGAGAAAGUCAUCAUGCUUCAAUAAAAAGUCAAAUGGCACUCAGAAUUGAAGAGCUGGAAUCUGAACUUCGAUCCAAAGUAACAAAUUCUCAGGAACUUGAAACUGAAUUGGAAAAGUACAGGAAACUCUACUUACAAGAAUCAAAAAUGCGAAUGUCAUUGACAGAAGAACUAAGCAAAUGCAGGAGUUGGAAGAAAAUAUAACUAGAGAACUAAAAGAAGCUGCUCGUGAAUUAGAAUCAGGAUUCUGUAGAUCCUCUCCUUUAGGACCUACUGAUGAAUCAAAUGUAAAUCAAGAUCUAGUACUGCAAGCAUGACGAGAAUAUGUAGAGAUUUUGAAUAAAAAGUAUAUGAUAUGAAAGAUACAUAGUAAAAGUUUAUCACCUAGAUGUUUAAUAAAACAUUUUAAUUGUUUCCCAGUAAAUGUCUGUUGCACAAAAAAUCUUUAUUAAAGGAAAUUUUGCUAUA